AUGUCUGAUUCAGAGCUCGAGGACGCACUAGAAAACUUGAGCCUGGUGGUGGAACCUGGAACUCCGCAACCAAAGUCUGCGGGUACGCUACCACUUUCACCAUUUCGAUCUCCAGGCCGCGCAGGACGCUCCCCGACGCGUCCAUUGCCCGCCGACAAAGCCCUGACGGGUGGUGCCGUUCCCUCACUAGCAUUUGAUUCAUCGUCAAAUGUUGCCCUUAAGAAGGAAUUGGUUGAGAUCAAACGCGAAUUCAUUGGCGUAGACGUGGAAGUGCCUCUGGGUCCCAGCCCAAAAGAGCCCUCAGAUAUAAGCAUUGAGCUACAAGAUGCAGAUAAGAGCGUCGAAAUCAAAGAAGAACAAAAAGAAUUGACACCCAGAAUCGAAGAGUUCCUAAAAUUAGCCAGGGAUCAUGGUUUACAGCACUCACGUGCAUCCACAAAAGUUCUUAUCUCUGCGUCCGCUCACCUUCAUCGAUAUACUCGUCCAUGGGCUUCCAAGCGCGAACUUAGCACUAUUGUCGAACGCCCUGAGCGUUUGCUGGCAUGCUAUAUGGGACUAGGUGCAGCCUACAUGGUUGCCCCUCUGGAAAUUGUCGAGGUUAUGCGAAGAAGUUCUCUGACAGCCCCACAUGUCGUCAAAGUUCAUGGCAAAGAAUGGAUAGACGAAUUGAUCAAAUUGGUUUCUGAAGUGGACCUGAAACAUGCAGCUAAUGAGCUGGAGGUUCCAGAUACUUGGCCCUCUGGUGAUAUUUAUUUGUGUUCGGACACUGUAAAAGCACUUGAAGGUGUCAUUGGAGCUAUUGAGAAUGGUGUGGAUUUGAUAUUCGAAGCUCCUCGCAACCGCGCUUUUGUCACAAUUCGGCCUCCAGGUCAUCAUUGCCAUGAGGAUGCUGCAAGUGGGUUCUGUAUGUUGAACAAUGCCCACAUUGCUAUUCAGUAUGCUAAAUCGCACCAUCAAAUUUCUCAUGCCUUAAUUUUUGAUUUCGAUCUACAUCAUGGCGAUGGGUCACAGGAUCUUGUCUGGAAGUUAGGGUUUAAUUCCACUGGUGAUGCCGAUCUACCAAUGGCGUACUAUUCUCUCCAUGAUAUCAACUCGUACCCGACUGAACGGGGAUAUGCAGAUCCUGCUUUGCUAUCUGCAGCGUCAGUAUGUCUGGAUGGGCACGGAGUUUCUAUCUGGAACGUGCACCUGGAGCCCUUUGCUACAGAAGAAGAAUUUGACGAGCUUUAUGAAAGCAAGUACGCUGUGCUUUUCCACAGGGCAUUGGAUUUUCUGCUCAAGGCUGAAAAGGAGUCCCUGGCAAAUGAUAAACCGUUUAGACCAUUGAUUGUUAUAUCCGCCGGUUUCGAUGGCUCAGAGUUUGAAACCCCCGGUAUGCAGCGCCACAAAGUGCAUCUGCCCACUUCAUUCUACAAUCGAUUCACUAGAGAUUGCGGUGCGUUGGCAGACCGCUUUGCUGCAGGACGACUUCUGUCACUACUCGAGGGUGGCUACUCAACCCCGGCAAUUUCGACCGGAGUGCUGAGCCAUCUCACGGGUCUAGCUAACGUUCCUUUCAAACCAUCGUGGGCUAGAAACGAAGUAGCGAAAGAGUUUGAACUGGGGGCCAAACCGCGCUGGAAACCGUCUGGCCAGGCAGGAGCGGGUAUUCAACUUGGCCGGGCGCUUUUCCCCAAAAAAGCCCCAGAACAACACGAACGGAUCAUAUAUACAAGAUCCUUGAGAAGCCGCACUGUUGAAACACAAUUAUAA